AUGCCAUCCUCUAUUGUCGUAACCACUGGGAACACCUCCACCGUGCAAUUACUCUGCGAUGCAAAAUCUCCUUACGCCGACACUGCCGAUGCAGCGGCGACUCGCAAAAGCAUCUCAACGCUCCUCGGGCACUUCGAGCUCGGAUCCGAUGCCGGACCCCCGUUCGCUUUUGCGCCAACCAAGCCCGACAUCUCCCCUGAAAUAGAGGACUUCCUCAAGCAGCUUACGGUCGCCGCAAAUGCUGCCGCUGCUUCCGGAUUCUGCGGGAGCAUCCUCGCAGGACACACUAGCGAGGCCGAUGACUACGGAGACGUGGCGUUCUACCUCGGGCCGGGCGACUAUGGGCCGGGCCACGAACAGGACGUUCUCAGGUCGCUGGGCAUUGAGAACUUCCAGGAUUUGAUGUCAAACGAUGUCGCCUCUAAGAAGGCUACGCAACCCGUGGAGCUGUCUUCUACUGAUGGACUCCCGACCACUGGCAAUAUAGCUGCAGACGCCUCAUCGGGAGACACGGUAAAGCGGCUGAGGGACAUCCUGAAGCAGUUGAGCGAUCGAUAUGCGUUCUGCGUUCCGGGACCGGGCGUGCUAGUGUUCUAUUUUCUAGUCGGUCGUUCGGGAGCAUCAGAGUGGAUUGGUCUUGCAGGGAUCGGAGUGCAUUCAUGACUUA